CAUAAUCUAAUCUGUUGCAUCGCUCUGAGAUAACAGCCUCAAUGCUUUCAGGUGAUAUACCCUAAAAGAAUUUUUUAGUGGAUUCAGUUGACUUGUGGCUUUCACCGGACAAGGAUUACCAACAGUGUACGAUGAACAAUGAAUAACGUAUGAUGUGGAUUUCGGACGGAGAAAAGGAAAGCUAAUUCGCAGACAACAGUAAAACAAAGAAAAUAAAUUACCCCAUUGUUCAAAAACAGCGAGUGCCAUGUGUGAAAAUCUAGUGGUAGCAGAUUUUCGUAUAAGAAGAACAAUACACCCUUGCAGGCAAUGAGUGUGAAAAUUACUUUUACUCCUCAAGUUGCAUAUCCUUUAUACAGUUGGAAGUAACCUGUGUUCAUCAGCUUCCUUACUCUGGCGACAAAGAAAAGACAGUUUCGUACGAAACUUCCGACAGUGACCAGUGUCGUUUUCAAACUCCUCUGGAUUCCAGCUAAGGGAGUCGAAGAGUCUUUCCAAGUCUGGAUUCCAGCUAAGGGAGUCGUUGAGUCUUUCCAAGUCUGGAUUCCAGCUAAAGGAGCCAUCGAGUCUUUCCAAGUCUGGAUUCCAGCUAAGGGAGUCGUCAAGUCUUUCCAAGUCUGGAGUCCAGGUAAGGGAGUCUCCGAGUCUUUCAAAGUCUGGAUUCCAGCGAAGGGAGUCGUCGAGUCUUUCCAAGUCUGGAGUCCAGGUAAGGGAGUCUCCGAGUCUUUCCAAGUCUGGAUUCUAGAUACGGGAGUCGUCGAGUCUAUACAAGUCUGGAUUCCAGCUAAGGGAGUCGUCGAGUCUUUCCAGGUCUGAUUCCAGCUAAGGCAGUCGUCGAGUCUUUCCAGGUCUGAUUCCAGCUAAGGCAGUCGUCGAGUCUUUCCAGGUCUGAUUCCAGCUAAGGCAGUCGUCGAGUCUUUCCAGGUCUGAUUCCAGCUAAGGCAGUCGUCGAGUCUUUCCAGGUCUGAUUCCAGCUAAGGGCGUCGUCGAGUCUUUUCAAGAAGGGCAAAAAAUAUCGCCAACAUGUUAACCUUAGCAGGCCACAAAGGGGUCGCUCUGACAGUGAUGUUCGUCAUCACGCUGAUUACUUCAUUUUCUCCCCUUUACUUGAGAAAGAUAUUCUUGAAGCACGUACAUGGAAAGAAAGCAACGAUCAGCCUGAGUGGGUGCCUGUGUUUUGGCGCCGGCGUCCUGAUGGCUACCAUCUUCCUCCACAUUCUACCAGAAGCUGUUGAGCAGAUUGAAGGAGCCAUGGAGGAUGGUCUCAUGCCCACCAUUUCGUACCCCAUCACCCAAAUGUCGCUCUGCUUAGGGUUCUUCUUCGUGUACUUGAUCGAGGAAAUCGUGCAUUACUGCAUAGAACGCAAAAACAAAACGCGGGAAAGGGGAGAGUCUUUCCAAAUGCCCGUCCGGAGCGUCUGCGACAACAAAGGCUUCGACCACGACGGGAACUGGAACGAUUCCAGUGUUCCACACAUGCACGACCAUAGCGUCACCCACCACUACCUGAAGAAGGAGUCGCUUGUCGGAUCCCUGAUUGUUGUCUUGGCUUUAUCCUUCCACGGGUUCAUGGAAGGCAUGGCACUCGGGCUGGAAGGUCACCAGAGCGACGUCUGGUUGAUGUUCGCCGCCCUGUGCUCGCACAAGAUCUUCAUUUCCUUCAGCAUGUCGAUGGAAUUACUAGAGGUGGGCGUGCCCCUGAAGAUCCUCAUCCUGAGCAUGAUGAUAUUCGCCUUGGCUUCUCCCAUCGGCGGCCUCAUCGGGGCCAUCGUGAUCGCCAACUCCUCUGGGCCGGACACAGCAGCUAGCGUUCUGGCGCCAGCUUUCCUCCAGGCCAUAUCUGCUGGCACCAUCUUGUACGUCACGUUCUGCGAGGUUCUGGAGAGAGAACGGGCUAAAACAAGCGGUGGACUGGUCAAGUUUGGCUGUCUACUGGCUGGGUUCGCAGUCAUGGCCGCCUUGCAGACGCUGGACCAUGACGAUGACGGAGAACCGGUUGACCCGACUUCGACGACGACGCUCGUGACUCAAACCGCGACGGAAUCGGUGGCAGCUGCAGUCUUAUCGACAUGAAAGCAUUUUAACCUUUUGUAGAUUAUAUCUUUAAGUUAAGGCGCCCUCUUCAUAAAUGACUCCUCAUUAUUGUAUAUAAUGUGUAUGCUUCAGUUGUUAAAUAUAUGUACCGUUAUACUUUA